UCUUCACUUCUCAACGUAGUACAAACAAAAAGUAACUAGACUGAGGUAAGCCUCCCAGGGGUAUCUUGAAGAUGACUGAAGCGAUGAUGAAAAUGAGGAAAAGAAAAUGGACGCUCCACCGUUGAUUCAAGAAGAUAAGGGGCAUACUAAUACAGCACCGGUCUUGCGCAAAUCUUUCCAGGAUGCCCUUCAACAACCUUGGUAUCCUGCAGUGGUAGCCAGGAAUAUUCUGCAGAAUAAACCGGACGAUGGGGUGGGAUUGAUACAUCCUGCGGUUAAGGUCUUGGAGAUAUAUGGAAACUACCAAGAUACAUGUGAAGUUUUGCAAAGAGCCGAAAAUGAUAUUAUGACCCAACAAGGACGGCAUAUUAUCGAGAAAAACAGAAUUGAUUGUGAUAAUACAUUGCAAGGGGUAAAAUUGAAACAUUGCAAGCUCUUUGGGAAUAUAAAAUCGGACCUGUGGAAGCAUUUUGGCCUGCUCAGUCUAUUUGACUUGAUGCCAGAUGCAUUGCAAAUACACCUUAAUUUCUUCUAUAACGACAAAAUGGUCUGCGAAAAUUGUUUGAACGAGACGCACACGAAAUCAAUCAAAGAAAAGAAACAUCACAAGAUGAGGAAAGCUAUGAAGAAUACAGAAAUGACUACCACCUCGUACGAUACGAGUAUAUUAUACGGUACACAAAUUCUAAAACAACAAGAUCUAAAACCAACAAAGAAUAUUAAAGUGGUACCAAGUUCCAUCGUAUACAGUAAUUUCGAAGUAGGCAAGAAAUACAAGAGAAUUGUGCGGAUAAUAAAUGCAACCCACACAUUGCAGAGUAUAAUGAUAAGUCAGUACCCUAAAUUUAAAUAUUUUCAUGUUGAGUUGGACUUGACCGCAAAACUUGCAGCCGGCAUGAGUGUUACAGCUACGAUAACAUUUUCACCAACAGUUUAUAGGAACGUUCUAGACAAAGUUAUCUUCAGAAAUAGUAAAGGAGAAGAGGUAGCUUUACCAAUAACGACAUUCAGAGAGGAUCCCCAGCUAAGAAUAUUUGUAUUAAAAAACGACCAGUUUGUUGAUUUUCCCUCAAGCUUAGUAUUUUCCGAAAAGCGUAGAGCAGCACUAAACUACACGAUAGACUGUGGGAGUUGCCUUAUCUCCGAGUUUGUGCUUGUUUCUUUAAUCGUGCAGAACAAUGGCAGUGAUGCUAAGUUUUUUAUUCUUACUGAAGACGAAUGGCUUUUCCAAGAUGUAGAGUACCUCACCGAAGAACUAGAGCUGAACAUAGGCCCAUUUUGGAUAUUUCCUACAUAUUUUGAAAUGCGUAAAGGAGAUAGUGCCGAGAUACAUUUGUUAUAUCAGCCAAUUUCUCCAGGGCUUCAUAUAGAGAGGCUCUGUAUGAUAUGCGAUAAUAAUUCAGUACAGGAAAUUGAGAUUAUCGGUGACUCUCUAGAAUUUUCACAGAAUAUUAUUAGAGUUGAGGUUGAUAGUGAUUCUCACAUUUGUCAAAAAAAACAUUAUUGUCUUUCAUUGGGACAUAUCGAGAAGAAAGCUAGAAAAACUCUGCAAAUCACUAUACAAAACGAAAGUAACGUUGUAUUGGAAUUGGGUUAUCUAUUUUUCAACAAGCCCCAAGAUAGGGUGCACGACAUAAACAAGAACUGGAUAGUAAUGGAAGAAAAGGAUGACGAUUGGCAUCUACUACCAUAUGCUACCACCGACUUAGAUUUCGAUAUUGUCAUGGAUGCACAGGAAGUUGGGUAUUAUUCAAUAUUUUUCGACCUAUUCGUCCGGAAUGUACCGCUAAGUAGCUUAGUGGAAGAUGUGGAAAUGAUAAUAUAUAGAACAGCAGGUCCUGUAAGAACAUUUAAUCAAUGUGCGGAUGUAUUAGUAGCAGAAAUGGAAAUAGCUUGCUAUGUAGAUACGACAGAAGAAAAAAUAGAACCUAGUUGUGCGUGCGAUCCCUGUGAACAUCCGUGGCAACCUAACUUGACUAUAGUACCCCGAUAUUUAAAUUUUGGAAUCUUACCUGUCGGCUUAAAUGUAGAGAAAGAGUUUUACGUACAAAAUUUGACUGAUGAAACAAUGGAUUGGAAAGUAUUUGAAGUUAGGUAUAACAUUGAUCGAGUACCGUAUUCAGAAAUUUUACAUCAGGGGAAUUGCGACUUUAACUGUGGUCAGUUCACAAAUAUGUGGGAGCACGCAAAGAUAAUGUAUAAAAUAAUUGACAAACCUCCAGGAAACUGGGUUUCCAUUCUGGUGCUAGCAACUUGCGAGAAUGACAGAAUCCAUACAGUUGAAGGAAUAUGCAUCGUUACUUACGAAGUAAUUGAAUAUGACAUAGUAGUCAAAACGGGGAGUUCAGCGAAUCCAAUCAUAUGCCCAAUGAAACUAAUGUAUGUUGACAUUCCCACACAGAUAAAGUUUACUGUCGAAAACAGAAGUCCGAUAACUGCUUGCUUUUGUCUGAAUAAACCAUAUGGCACCGACAUUGACAAAAUCUCAUUGAAACUGUCCCCGCAUUCGGCUAUAAUGAAGCCAAAUGAGAUUGUUGAGAUAACUGCUAUUAUACAAUCUUCAGAAGUAGGUAUAUUUGAGAACACGUUCAUCCCCUGUUUCUUCAGUUUAGCACAAAGUCCGAUUGUCAUAAGAGUGUUAUGUGCAGUAGAUACUCUGCACGUAUUUUUCUAUCUGCCUGAAGGCAGCAGCAGCAGCUUCAAAAAGGUGAUAUGGCCACCUAAAAUUGUAUAUGAAUAUGGAUGGAGCCUUGGAUGUCCAUGCGAAGCAGAAAAUUGCUUGGAUUGUGCUUCAGAAUAUUUAUCUAGCUCGUCAACAUUGACCGACGUACGACAGUACCAACAAUCAUUUCCUUCCAAUUAUAUGAAAGAGCAUCUAGAGUAUGAUGGUUGUAACAUAUCCACCGAAUCAAGUGUGAGCGAAAUAUCGGCAGGUGGUUCCUUAGUCGCUAUUUUGAAAGAACAAUUUGGAGAAGACUUCCUAUUGCAGAGUAAUAAAGUAGAAGUUAAAGUUACUGCCUCAAAACCAACAAGUGUAGUGAUCUACAUAGAGAACAUCACACCUAUAGCUACUAAGUUUGCUAUCGAAGCACAGAACUUUCCUGCAAAGAAAAACUACAACCCAUCUUGGACAACACUGAAGUUUCAAAAAGCUAAGUACAUAUGGAACAGCUUGAUUGAUACAGACCAUGGAAUUCUUGUGCAACCGGAUAUCGAACACAGCGAUCUCAAAGGUUUUGGAUGGAUCAAAUUAAAUUUGUGGAUUUAUGCCAACACUUGGGGUAUAUAUUUGGAAGAAAUUAUUGUCGAUAUUGAGGAUACUCCAAGCUUCUCAUUUGCAUUACUUAUUGAUGUCACUGGAAUCCCAAUUGAAUUUCCGAUGGCCAAGAACGCGAUAACUAAAUAUCCUACUGUCAGGUUUGGAUAUCUUCCAUAUGGUUUCUCCGAUGUGAAUAGAAACAUAGCAAUGGUAAAUACAAGCUGUAUCCCUCUUCGCAUCAUUUGGCAUGUUUUCAUAUCCACUGAAACUGAUGGUAACGAAGAUGUAAUCCAAAAAUUUAAUCUGCUCUGUGACGUGGUAGAUGGAAAUAUUGAUUAUGAACAAUGCAAACUAGUUCUGACCAAAAGGGGCUAUGGAAAGGAAACUACAGAAUUUUUAAAAGUUGUUCCCGAAGAAAUUAGAGUACAGCCUUAUUCAUCUGCUACUAUUAAGCUUGAACUAAAUUCAGAAUACUUCGGUAUCAAAGAGAAACCAGUUGACGUGACCUGCUUCAUUAUCGGAAGUAUUCGUUUAGAAGAGGAUUAUAGGAAAAAGCUGAGCUACUACUACCGCAAACUUGGAUCAGGCACAAGCUUUGUUAGACUUCAAGUAUUAGCAAAUCUUGAGCUACCAUUACUGGCUACACACUUCCAACCAGACGAGACAAGUAUUGAUAUGUAUGCGAACGAAGUUAUUUUUGAACAAAAAUACUAUCACUCAAUUGAUAUGAUGUUUAGAAACAAAAACUUGGCUACCUGUGAUAUAGACAUCACGAUAGACGAACCAUUUUAUUUUUAUCUUCCACAAUCACGCAAGAAUACAGAGAAACGUAGGACCCGAAAAUGUACUGUUGGUUCCCUGGAUCAAUUAAAGGUCACUGUUAUGUGUUACGUGGACCACCAAAAAAUUUUGGACUUGGCUAAUUUUGUUUACCCUAAAGCUGCUCAGAAACAAACUGAAACUGGCGACGUAAAUCAUGAUGAUAUGAGUCUUGUAGAUUGUAUCGAUAAAGACAAUAAAGUUAUUAAUCUCUGUAAGAACCUCAAGAUAUAUCAGAAUGAUAAUCUCACUGAGAUGGUUGGUGUGCAUUUGUGUAUCCAUUAUCCACACAUUGAUGUUAAACCUACAGUAUGUCAGCUUGGAAAUGUUGUGUUGGGCACCACCAAAAAAUCCAUGGUAACAGUAUUCAAUCUAACAGGUUACGCUGUAUCUUUUGAAAUAACUAAGGCGAAGACUGCUAAAGAAUUUUACUUCACUCCUCAUUAUGGUAGAAUAGAAGGAAGCACUGGUGUCAAUUACAAAUGCGUAGACGUGUUCGUGUAUUUCACUCCAAGGUUAUCUAUUUUUUACUUCUACUUGUGAGAUACAUAUUUGUAGAGUCACUUGGGCAUUGAGACGGUGUCUAUACAUAUGUAGAGAUAUAAUAUGCUUACCACUCAAUAACAGCGCCAGAUUCAUUAUCAUGAACAGGGAAAUUUCGAUAUAUUUAUUGAUUGCAUAACAAUGAAAUUUGUAUUUUAUAGCGAUUGUAGAAGUUAUGCGGAGUCAUUCCGAAUAACCACGGAUAUACCGAAUUACUUCAUCGAAAUUCCAUUGAAAGCCAUUGGAACAGUUAAUGAAAAGGAUGAUAUUGAAUAUAAGAUAUGAACUUUCAUUAACGGUGUACAAUAAAACUUUAUGAAAAUA